UAUUUGCAAAUUCUGAAUGAAACUGAAGAUAGUGUAAAAACGCUGGUAUACAAUAACAGUUCGUUAAAAUUUAUGGGCUAAAUUUGAAGCAGCUUUGCCACCCAUCGAGUGCAGAGUAGGCUAUACCUUGAAACUUGGUGUUUAUGCAGGCACUAAAUUCGAAGAAGAUGUCCAAAAAAACUCAGUCCUUUGGCCAAAUUGUUAUUGGGCCACCUGGCUCAGGGAAAACCACAUAUUGUAAAGGAAUGACAGAAUUUUUAACUAAAAUGGGACGCAAAGUUGCUGUUGUUAAUAUGGACCCUGCAAAUGACUCUUUACCAUAUGACUGCUCCAUUGAUAUUUCGGACUUAGUUACUCUAUCGGAAGUAAUGGAAUGUUUAAAGUUGGGACCAAAUGGUGGACUUAUUUAUUGCAUGGAAUUUCUUGAAAAGAAUUUUUCUUGGUUUCAAAAUAAACUGAAAGAUUUUUCAGAUGCUGGAUAUUACUUUUUGUUUGAUUGUCCUGGCCAAGUAGAGUUGUAUACACAUCAUGAUUCAGUUAGACAGAUUUUUCAGAAUUUAGAAAAAUAUGGAUUUAGGCUUGUAGCUGUACACCUUGUUGACUCACACUAUUGCAGUGACCCUGGCAAGUUUAUAUCUGUUUUGCUGACAUCAUUGUCAACAAUGCUUCAAAUCGGGCUCCCUCAUGUGAAUGUAUUAUCAAAAAUGGAUCUUAUCCAACAAUAUGGAAAACUUCCCUUCAACCUUGACUUCUUCACUGAUGUAUUGGACUUAAGCUAUCUUGUUGAAAUGUUUGAUAAAGAUCCAUUUUUAAAAAAGUACAAAAAGUUGAAUAAAGCUUUAACAGAUGUCAUUGAAGACUAUGGAUUGGUUUCCUUCUCAGCUCUUUGCAUUGAAGACAAAGAGACGAUGCUAAGUCUAGUAAAACUCAUUGACAAAGCAAGUGGAUAUGUUUUUGGAAUCAAAGGCCAGGAUAACAUGGCAUCUAUGAUGUCAUGUGCUGCAGGGGCAGAUUUCGAUUACUUUGUAAAAGCAGGGGUUCAGGAGAAAUAUGUUGAUAAUGGCGAGGAUGUAAACAUGGAGCAACAACACAGCUUGUAGAUGGUGAUUGGAUGUGCAAUCAGUUUUGCUGGACACAUUGAUCAAAGAAUGAUACUGGCAAAAUUAAUUAGAGGUUUGAACUAUGGCAGUCAUAACCAAAGAAUUUAACCACCAGGAUGUGAAACUAGCAAUCGGGAACUUUAACUGUCUUGUAAUCGAGCAGUUGGUAUUGAUACCCCACAUGCAGACAAGGUUUGUUCAAAGUCUCCUUGGCUUUGUAUGCCCCACUCUCGGAGCUGUUUCGGGAAACUGCAAGGCGCAAUGAAUAAAAUCUAUGUGCUUCGGUGAAAGUAUUGCCGACCUUUACCUUGACAUUUUGCAUUGUAUGUAGCUGUGUUACAAUUGAAAUCCAAUCACGUUUUUUAUAGUAAAUAUAAAUGAUACGUAAUAAGGUAGU